CAUAGGGACAGUGGUGGGGUUCAUCGUGAUCUCUCUAAAAAAAAAAAUCAGGAGUUCUGCCUAAAUAUGUGGCCGGUGUGGUGUGCUGGGGAGGAGAAGAGGGUCGGSACCCGCACGGUGGUGGUGGGGCACCGGCCCGUGGCUGACACUGAGGCGUACGUGGCACAGAAAUUCUGCGACAACAGGAUCGUCUCGUCCAAGUACACCCUCUGGAACUUCCUCCCCAAGAACCUUUUUGAGCAGUUUAGAAGAAUUGCCAACUUCUACUUCCUCAUCAUCUUCCUCGUGCAGGUGAUAGUGGACACCCCAACCAGCCCGGUGACCAGUGGCCUCCCGCUCUUCUUUGUCAUCACUGUCACAGCCAUCAAACAGGGCUACGAGGACUGGYUGAGGCACAGAGCUGACAACGAAGUGAACAAAAGCAACGUCUUUGUUGUUGAAAAUGCAAAGCAAGUUCGGAAAGAGAGUGAAAAAAUCAAGGUUGGAGACAUAGUAGAAGUGAAAGCAGAUGAGACCUUCCCCUGUGAUUUGAUCUUUCUGGCCUCCAGCAGCAUUGAUGGGACCUGCUACGUCACCACAGCGAGCCUGGAUGGAGAGUCCAAUUUCAAGACCCACUAUGCAGUGCGGGACACCACCGUGCUCUGCACCGACGAGGCCAUCGACACCCUCACAGCCACCAUCGAGUGUGAGCAGCCACAGCCUGACCUCUACAAGUGACUGGGAUUGCAGUUUGAUGUAAACACCGAUGCCCUGAUGGCCAAGUGCCAGCUGGGUCCCUCUGGGCUGCGAGUCCCUCAUGAGCCCUGCUUUGAUCCUGCAGGAGUUGCAGUCUAUACUGGAAUGGAAACAAAAAUGGCUCUCAACUACCAAGGGAAAUCUCAGAAACGGUCUGCAGUAGAAAAAUCUAUCAACGCUUUCUUGAUAGUGUAUUUGUGCAUCCUGUUGGGCAAGGCCACUGUGUGCACGACUCUGAAAUACGUCUGGCAGAGUAAUCCAUUUAAUGAUGAGCCUUGGUACAACGAAAAGACUAAAAAAGAGAGAGAGACGUUCAAGGUCUUGCGGAUGUUCACGGAUUUCCUGUCCUUCAUGGUCCUCUUCAAUUUCAUUAUCCCUGUCUCCAUGUACGUUACAGUAGAGAUGCAGAAGUUCUUGGGCUCYUUCUUCAUCUCUUGGGACAAAGAGAUGUACGAUGAGGAAAUUCAGGAGGGAGCGUUGGUGAACACGUCGGACCUGAACGAGGAGCUGGGGCAGGUGGAGUACGUGUUCACAGACAAAACAGGCACACUGACAGAGAACAGCAUGGAGUUCAUCGAGUGCUGCAUCGAUGGGCACAAGUACAAGGACUGCAUCUCGGAGGUGGAUGGCUUCUCCCAGGCUGAUGGACCCCUGAAAUACUAUGGCAAAGCUGAGAAGAGCCGUGAGGAGCUGUUCCUGAGAGCCCUGUGCCUGUGCCACACGGUGCAGAUCAAGGAGGCAGACCAGCUGGAUGGACCCACAGCACACCCMGAGCGUAAAUACACCUACAUCUCCUCCUCCCCAGACGAGAUCGCCUUGGUCAAAGGCGCUGAGAAGUAUGGUUUCACUUUUCUAGGACUUGAAAACGAUUUCAUGAAAAUACGAAACCAAAAGAAUGAAACUGAGAUGUACCAACUUCUGCACGUGCUGAACUUUGACCCCGUGCGGCGCCGCAUGAGCGUCAUUGUGAGGAGCAGUGCAGGAAAGCUGCUUCUCUUCUGUAAAGGAGCAGACUCCUCUAUUUUUCCACGGGUGCAGCAAGAAGAAAUCCAACCAACGAAGGUCCAUGUGGACCGCAAUGCUAUGGAUGGCUAUCGCACGCUCUGCGUGGCCUUCAAAGAACUGACUCAGAAGGAGUAUGACAAAAUWGACAGACAGCUCAACGAAGCCAAGAUGGCUCUGCAGGACAGGGAGGAGAAGAUGGCCAAGGUUUUUGAUGACACAGAAGCAAACAUGCACCUGAUUGGGGCUACUGCUGUGGAAGACAGGCUGCAGGAGCAGUUGGCAGAGACCAUCGAAGCCCUGCACGCUGCUGGCAUGAAGGUUUGGGUGCUGACAGGAGACAAGAUGGAAACUGCCAAAUCCACCUGCUACGCCUGCAGGCUGUUCCAGACCAGCACGGAGCUGCUGGAGCUGACGGCGAGGACGGUGGGCGACAGCGACAGGAAGGAGGAUCGGCUCCAUGAGCUGCUGCUGGAGUACCACAAAAAGCUGAUUCAGGAUGUUCCCAAGAACAGGGGAGGCCUGAAGAGGAGCUGGACACUGAGUCAAGAAUAUGGGCUGAUCAUAGAUGGCUCCACGCUGUCGCUGAUUCUCAACCCUUCUCAGGACUCUGGCUCUAGCAAUUACAAAAGCAUUUUUCUCCAAAUCUGCUUGAAGUGCACUGCGGUGCUGUGCUGCCGGAUGGCUCCUCUGCAGAAAGCACAGAUUGUGCGAAUGGUGAAGAACACAAAAGGCAGCCCGAUAACCCUGUCCAUAGGGGAUGGUGCAAAUGAUGUCAGUAUGAUUUUGGAAGCACAUGUUGGGAUAGGUAUCAAAGGCAAAGAAGGACGUCAGGCCUCCAGAAACAGCGACUAUGCUGUGCCAAAGUUUAAACAUUUAAGAAAACUGCUACUAGCACAUGGGCAUUUGUAUUAUGUGAGAAUAGCACACCUUGUACAGUAUUUCUUCUAUAAGAACCUUUGCUUCAUUUUGCCACAGUUUUUAUACCAGUUCUUUUGUGGAUUCUCACAGCAGCCACUGUACGAUGCUGCUUACCUGACCAUGUACAACAUCUGCUUCACCUCGCUGCCCAUCCUGGCCUACAGCCUCCUGGAGCAGCACAUCAGCAUUGACACGCUCACCUCGGACCCUCAGCUCUACAUGAAGGUUUCGGAUAAUGCAAUGCUGCAGUGGAGGCCGUUCCUGUACUGGACCUUUCUGGGCGCCUUUGAAGGACUCGUGUUUUUCUUUGGGGUUUAUUUUCUUUUUCAAAAUUCCUCGUUGGAAGAUAACGGAAAGGUGUUUGGGAACUGGACCUUUGGGACGAUUGUUUUCACCGUGCUGGUGUUCACCGUCACUCUCAAGCUAGCAUURGACACCCGAUUCUGGACGUGGAUGAACCACUUUGUGAUUUGGGGCUCCCUUGCUUUCUAUGUGUUUUUCUCAUUCUUCUGGGGAGGAGUCAUUUGGCCUUUCUUGAAGCAGCAAAGAAUGUAUUUUGUAUUUGCUCAUAUGCUGACUUCUGUUUCCACAUGGCUGGCAAUAAUUCUCCUGAUCUUUAUCAGCCUUUUCCCAGAAAUUCUUCUAAUAGUUUUAAAAAAUAUAAAAGAGAAAAAUCAUCAGGCUGGCCCCUUUGAUCUGCCUGUGUUAGUGUCAUACAAACGUAUAGAGAAUGGUUAUGUGAAGAGUGAAGAUGCUGUUACUAAUUUGGCAGAAAGAUAUCCUCUCAGGAUACCUUAAAGUGCUCCGUACAACACUGUCUUGUCAUGCUGUAGGAACCCCCGUGGUUUURAGCUGGCAGUUCCCUGUGAGAGUCCCAAGGACUGUGAGCAGCCAGAGCACUGGCCCCACGGURCCCCUGUGUCUUUGGCCUGGUGGCUUCCCUGCCCUCCCAGACAAACCAAUUCUGCCAAAUUCUGCAUCACUGGAGGCUGAGAAAGCAUCUUUAGGAAUUCAUCCCGAACAGCUCGAAUGGAAGUGCAGGAGUGCAGUGCCAGCCCCGUUUCACACGGGGGCUUCCUCUGCCCGCCGGAGAGCAGCAGGAGCUGCUCCCAACUCUUGCUCUGCUGACCAAAGAAGCAGCACAGACUGCACCCYGGUAACAUCCCCUCACUCCCUGCAGGCACUGGGAAAAGGCUGCUCCUCUGCCACACRAGGUGGAUGCAGCAAUGCUGGGGCUGCCACGCCUCGGCUGGCGGCUGCAYCCUCCCACCAUGGGCUGCCAGAUGCAGGAUUUACGGAAAAUUUGGGAGAAUCUUUGCUGGUCCCUCCUCCAGGUAUGGCUGGAAGCAGUCUGUGUUCUGUCCACAGCAGUGGGGUCUGUGUGAACACCUGCAGUGCUGGCAGUGCCAGAGCAUCCUCCCACAACAAUUUGCUGAUGGGUUUGUUCCUGCUGGAGGGUGAAGAAAAGGUUGUUUUGUGGCUCUUUGUGAUGGAAGGAARCUUUUGUGGGGAGAAAGGAAAUGCCAGAAGUUGGGCUGUGGCAGAUGUGAGCCCCUCUGGCCAGGCUGUGCUAACAUCACUGCCCUGUGCAGUUGCUCCAACACUUUAAAGGCUGAGUGACAGUGCAGUCCUUGGCUGAGCCCAGGGACGUGGGCUGUGCCUGAACCUGCAGGCAUGUGAAACUGCAACUUGAGUUAUUUGCACUAAGAAGAAAGAAGACGGUUUAAAAUUGAAAACCUGAUUUCAUUUUACAUUUUAUUUGUUUUUUUAAAUUGGCAUGUUCUUUUUAAACCUACCUGUACCAUGGUCCUAGGAACUUUUCUCUUUAGGUCCUGCACAGCAGAGGUGAGAUGCCUGAUGCUCAAUAUUUUUUUUCUCUCUGAUGCUUCGUAUGUGGAAAGAGCAGCUUUUUUUGUGGUGUUAAGUCCUAAGCAGUGACAGAGCAGGCUGUGUUGGUGUGACAGUCCCUCCCUGGUGCUGCUGUCCCCCAGCACUCUGCACUGGGGCAGAGGAUUUGCUGUCAGAAGCUUCAAGGCUCCGUUCAGAAGCAGCAAGGUCUGCUCUGCUGCUGGGUUUGUGUCAUGUACAUACAACAAAACAAUUCAAGACUAAAUGGAAGAGUCCCCUCACCAAAUUUUGCUGAACUGCAGACUAUUAAAUUUUGGAAGAAUCAAGUUUUGCUCUCUGGCUGCCACCCCUGUGGUUCAACUGGUGCGGAUCAGCUGCUGGCAGAUUCUCUCUGGCAUCAUCAGGMCUUUGGAGGGCCCUGCCCCAAGGGAGAGGGGAGGGUCCCUGUGGCUGUGGUGGCUCUGCCAUGGCCCAGCAGGGGAGGGGACACACGGACAGGACCCCUCUGUAUCAUACACUCUGCACUGUCCCCAACAGCAGUGGCUCUGCACCGUGUCCUGACCAUGGCUCGACUCCUUGCUGCAUGCAAGUAAGGAGCUGCACUGCCAGCAUGUGUCCCAUGGGCAAAGCUUUUCUUUUCUUUCUUUCUUUUUUUUUUUUUUUUUUUUUUUUUGUUUUCCUAG